CUGCCGUCUCGUGAAUCUUGGCUUGAACUAGGUACGGUACACCCCCAUCCAUGCACUGCCAACUCAUCUGCAAGCGCAAGUAUCACUGAUAGUCAACUGUUGACUUUCUGGCUUCAUUCUGAUGAGAUAGCUUGAUCGGAUGGCUAGUUCGGAUUAAAUUCUUUUUCUUUCCUUUCUCAUUCUGACCCACCACUCACUUGCUUCAUAUUUGUUCAAUUACCGCCAUCGACCUGGCUGUAAUUGCCUACCUUGGGUCUCUAUCUUUUGUUGACCGACAAUCCGACAACCUCUUCUUGGCCCUACAUCGUGAGCUUGCUUUGCUCCUCAAAGUUGCUGCCCGUCAUUUGGUGUACACCCAGUACCUAUCCAAUCGCGCAACUGAACUUUACUUCCUGUUACCGUUGGCCGUUUACAGCGUUUCCGAUCCGAAUAAACCUUCCAAUGCAAAAGCCAUAUCUACUGCAGAGGCACCAAACCAAGGACUUGCAGUAACCGUCGCAAUCAUGGCGCUCAUAUCAGCCAAGACGAUCAUCUCCUCUCUGGCCCUAUUCCACAUCACUCUGGGCUACUUCUUCCUCACGAGCCCCAUCACCGUCGCCGACCAAGCGCUCGUGUGGGUGUUGGGCGAGGCUAUGGGCAUGCCCUUCGCUCGCGCCUUUGACUCGCAGUCGCCCUCUCUGGCCUUCCUGGCAGUCAUGCUUGCCUUUGUUGGCCUCACCGAUCUCGUCACCCUCAGCCUGCCCGACGAGAUCUGCCUCGUUCACCACUGGGGUACACAAGCCCCGCUCCGAAUGUCCAUCUUCCUCUUCCUCGUAUUUUACACUUUUGCAUUCUCGCCCUCGUCGCCGAUAUACGCCAACGCAGGCCCUCGCGGCAUCCUCAGCCACCCGUCGGCGUACAGGCACAACAACGGCUACAAGCCCGCGACGUGGGGCGGCGACGGUCUCAAGAACCGCGUCUUCUUCACCUUCAUCUUCCUGGAGCUGAUGUGUUGGUUCUGGGUCUGGGUUACGCUUCGUGAGGAGCGCAAGGAUGUCCUCACCAAGAAGGCGAUGCGGAGGAGGAGCAGCCAUGGCAGUCACACUUUGCAGAAAUAGAAUUCGCGCUCUUAAAAACGCCAGAAGAGAGUUUUCAAACCCCCCUUGCUUUAUCGUCAUAUCUGCCGCAUAAACCUUGAUUUGUCUCUUUUUCUUUUCUUCUUUAUUCCCUUGUUUUCCACCCACUUUUGGCACUUGGAGAACUUUGGAACUGUUGCCCCAG